AUGGUCUAUCAAGUUAAAUUUAUCAAUAAAAAACAUACAUCAUUUGAUUUAUUAUGUAAGGAUGCUUUAGAAGCGAUAAAGUUUUAUAAAGGACGAACAUAUCCAACUCUUCCAAAAACUCUUGAUGGUGUAAUUAAACAAUGGGUUAAUACAGUUAACUGCUCCAUUGGGGAAAAAGUUUAUUACAAAAAGAUCAAUGAUGGUGGUACUCGUAAUUAUUUUGUUGAACGAAAUAAAGAAAAGAAAUUAGUACUCAAAGUAAUGAUCCAAUCAAUCGAAAAUAAAAAAUCGAAAAAAUCCGGUGUGUUUGAAGUGUUGACAUGUGAACAAGAAUUUUGUCAUAUAUUAAAUGACUUUUUAAAAACUUUAAAAGAUACUGGUUGUUCAUUAGAAGCUGCAAGUUAUCACCGAGAAAUGUCAAAGCGAUUUGAUGUGGGUCGUGAUCGAUUAUCUUUCGUAUUAAAAUGGUUAAAUCAGAACUUGUCAAUUAAUAGUAAUUUAAAUAGUACAAAUGAUACUAGUUCUGACUAUUGUCCAAGAGAAGAUUCAAAUUUUAACGUUAGUCAUGAUGAGUAUAUUAGUAAUGAUCAUGAUGACGACAAUGAUGAGAAUAACGAAGAUGACAGAAGUAGUCAGAGCAUCAACGAUAAUACCAAUCAUGAUGCAUCAAAAUCAACAUUAUCUGCAAGUUCAACGAUUACGUCAAUUGAAACUACACGAAAAAGAUCCAAUUCUCAUUUGAUUAUUCGGUCACCACCACAGCAAAAUAAAAAGUCAAAUAGAACAUUGGAAAACUUAUCGAUAUGGAAUAAUGAAGCUGCUGCAUAUAAAAUUAUGUCUCCAUUGAAUAGACGAGAAAGACGACGUGGUCAAAAAAAGAGUGUAUAA